CUGCACAGUGGCUCUGAUAUACAGAGCGCUCAGUCAUUCUCUUGGGCAGACUGAGAGUGGAAGUUAUAAACAACAGUUGCAGGUCAUCAUUGUCAGCUACAAGGUCAUCUAGUGAGGCAGCAUGAAGCCGAAUGCUUUAGGGUUUCUGACAGCUCUGCUGUUCCUGGGGUCUGCCACUGCCUUGACAAGGAUUCCCCUGUAUAAGUUCCAGUCGAUAAGAAGAACAAUGACUGAAGCAGCUGGUGACCUUGAAAAGCUGAUGGCUGGAAAGGACUACACAAAACAUAAAUUGAGCUCCUCUUCCAAUGGUGGACCAACCCCAGAGAUUCUAAAGAAUUACAUGGAUGCACAGUACUACGGAGAAAUUGGCAUCGGCACUCCUCCUCAGCCUUUCACUGUUAUCUUCGAUACAGGAUCCUCCAACCUUUGGGUUCCCUCCAUCCACUGCUCCCUGUCAGAUAUUGCUUGUUUGGUGCAUCGCAAAUACGAUUCCUCCAAAUCCAGCACAUUUGUGAAGAAUGGAACAGAGUUUGCCAUUCAGUAUGGUACAGGUAGCUUAUCAGGCUACCUUAGUGAGGACACGGUUCAGAUUGGAAAUAUCAAAGUACUUAAGCAGAUCUUUGGAGAAGCCAUUAAACAACCAGGAGUCACUUUCAUUGCUGCCAAAUUUGAUGGGAUUCUGGGAAUGGCAUACCCAAGGAUAUCAGUGGAUGGUGCAGUUCCUGUUUUUGAUAACAUAAUGAGCCAGAAGCUUGUUGAGAAAAAUGUAUUUUCAUUUUACUUGAACAGGAAUCCAGAGACUCAGCCUGGUGGAGAGCUUCUUCUGGGAGGUACAGACCCCAAGUACUACACAGGGGAUUUCCAUUACUUGUCUGUCACCAGAGAAGGAUACUGGCAGGUUCACAUGGAUGGGGUGAAUAUUGAAAGUCAGCUGUUUUUAUGUAAAGGGGGUUGUGAAGCUAUUGUGGAUACAGGGACUUCCCUCAUCGCUGGACCUGUUGAAGAAGUCAACGCCCUGCAGAAAGCCAUCGGAGCUACUCCUAUCACUCAGGGAGAGUACAUGGUUGACUGUAACAAAGUGACAUCACUUCCCAUCAUCACAUUCUCUCUUGGAGGCAAAACCUACACAUUGACUGGUGAACAGUACAUCAUGAAGGUGACUCAGUUUGGGAAGACAUUGUGCUUAAGUGGAUUCAUGGGUAUGGACAUCCCUCCCCCUGCUGGACCACUUUGGAUACUGGGAGACGUAUUCAUUGGGCAGUACUAUACUGAAUUUGAUCGAGAAAACAAUCGUGUUGGCUUUGCUAAAGCCACCUAGUUUUAUUAUUGAUGUAAGCAACAAUGAUAGUUUUACAGUGUAGGUAGAUGACACAUUGUAUCCACUUUAGUUUCUGUUAUCGUUAUAGCUGAACCCUACAGCUAGCUGCUCUACUGUGAAAUUACAAUAAGAGAUGCCAGUUGCUGCUUUCUUUGUACUACAGAUGAUGUACAUUUUUAUUGUGUACUGUAGCUUUGAGAAUAGUGAUGAUGUUGACUUAAAUUGUGUAUAUUUUGUAUUUUAAUUUUCUCAGAUGCUGACAUUUUUAAAAAAGUUUUGAAAUUUUAUGUUUUCCCAAGAAAGCACAUAUAUUACUUAACUGUGCAUGGAUUCAGAGAACAUUAGAUGUUGGUACUGCAUUUUAUAAAACAAAUUUUAUGUAAACAUUACAUUCUGUAAAUGUAUUUGAGAAAUCUGCAGCGGACGUAGAUGCUGUUAUGGAUAGUUUCUUUCUUGGCAUAUCAGAAAUUGGAGCAAAGCAAGUUUUCUGCAAGAAUUAUACACAAGUCUAACAAUAUUUAAACCUUGCUGUUUCUUGAGAAAGAAAUGUAUCAGAACAAAGGAAUGGCUCCAGUUUACUUAUCAGUAAUAGUUUUAUUUUACAGAUUGGCAUAUAUUCUAUAGUCUUCCACUUAAGAAACCACCUUUUUAUUGUAAACACUAGAAAAAAAUAAUAUUGUUUUGGGAUGGUUUACAGGUUAUAAAGGGGCAUUGUUUAUUGUAGCUAUAUACUCUGAUGUUUAUUGCAUAUGCAUGUAGCCUUCUCCCAUAUGUUUUAUUAAUGCUGUCUUUGAAACAAAAAUGCUGCCCAGAAGCGUCUAACAUAAUUCUUCAGUAGUGGUAGGCAGGUAAUAUACUAUAGUAAGUUGACUGAAACAGUACAAUACACUGGGUGUGAGUAUGACUUUACGUUGUACUUUCCAGAAUGUUAAAGCCCCCCCCCCCCACUUUGUUGGGAAGGCCUCCUUUUUUGUAUGGGAUCUAAAUUAGAUGUAGCCUUCAUGUGUUGGAAUCUGAUCUUGCAGCUACAUGCCCUGUAUCCCUCAUUUUAUUGAGUUCUGUUAUUGUUGAAACACUUGACAUAGGGAGGGAGGGAUAGUGUUUACCUCUUACAAUGUAUUAAUGAACAUAUUGUUCUUAUUUUUAGAACAAAUGCUUAAAUUGAACAUGCGUGUGUUAUGGUUUAUAUUGCCUACUAGUUAUAUAAAAUAUUUCAUACUGCUUUUCCUCAUAAAGUACAUGCUGAGUUUCAUUACAGGGCAGUGUUGCAUAUCUGUUUAAACAGUUAACAGAAUUUUUUGUAGUGUUCAGGUCCCCGAGUGAUGCAGCUUGUAGCUCUUCCUCUGUUUUGAGACAGAAAUUUUGCUCUUAUUUUUGUAGUGGUGGGGCUUUUUGGCAUGCCAUUUUUUCCAGCCACUGAUUAUAUAGGUGUGAACUGACAUUAGUGCUUGUUCACCACACCCAUGCAGGCCGCACAGAGUAUCUGCUUCAGUCUGUGCAAUGUUUACAGCAGCUGUACCACGUCACUACCUCCUAGUUAAGUGUGCUGCAUUACAGCCAUUGAUGUCUGUCCGUCAGCCAUCUCAUUGAUACCCAAGAUGCUAGUCAGACUCAUUGCUGGCAUCACAGGUGGAGACCUAUGCUCUUCUAAAAGGCCUGGUCUCCACAGCACCACCCCCAGUUGCCUGAAUUGUAAGGUUUCCUGUUAUUCUUCUUCCUUUGAAACUAUUUUAACAUUUUUCUUUUUGAUUUAGCAGUCAUUACCUAGAGUAGCAUCGUUUAAAAAAUAAUUCAGAACUAACAAGGAUAAUGCCAUGCUGCUUGAUGGAAAUAGUGCUGUAUCGAAUGAAUGUUUUCAAACUAAACACUCUUCAUCAGCCUGAUGUGUAGCAGAGUGGUGUUAUCCUUGUUUACUGUGAGAUUCUGCUUUUUGUUCAAGGUACAGAGGAAUUAUUUUAUGAAAACUAUUUAGAAAAUAAUUCAUGUCACUUUAAUCUCCUUUACUUUACAGCACUUUACAGUUUGUAUUAUAUUCUUAGAAAAUAUGUAUGAGCCCAAACACCAAAUAUACUGUCACAGACAAAUAAGAAACCACACAUGCAUACACACACACACACACACACACACACACACACACACACACACACACACACACACACACACACACACACACACUUCACUACAUACUUUAGUAAGGAACAUUUAACUGUCAAACUAAAGGCCAGCAGAUAGUAAAACGAUGUGUUGUAACUAUUUAGAACAUUGUGUGCUGAGUCCUCUGUGUCUGUGCCCUAAAGACAUCAGCAAGGUAAGCUGAGAGAAAAGACAAUUCAUUAUAUUUUGCAAAGGGAUUUUAAUGAGCAUUUCAUUAGAUAUACCCAACUUUGAACUACAAAUGUUUUCUGCCAUUGCUUCUACUCUGUUUGUCACCUUCAGAUAAGUGACACAGAACCCCUAGACCUAUAUUUGUUCAUUUUAUUUGUAUUAGGAGUGUUUUUUCAGAAACAGUACUGGGAGCUGGUGGAUAAUUUUGACAUAACCAUUCAGAUUGUGUGUAUGCGUGCGUGUUAGGGAGUGAAUUCGGUUCUUAUUUGGAAACUUAUGAAUACUUUUCAAGUGAUGGUUUGCUUAUCUUUAUGGGCUUGUUUAAAAAAAAUGAAAACCUAAAUAAAACCUGCUGUAUCUCUA